AUGGCGAUGCGGGAUUUGCUCGUGGACCUGGUCGUACUGGUCCUUGUGACGGGAGUCGCCGCUGCGACCGGCGACCCAGGCCCCGGUCCUGGCCAGGCGGCUCCAGCAUCCCCGGGGUACGAUCCGUGCUUCGACGAGGACCGUCCCCGGCGCUGCCAGCCAGACUUUGUGAAUGCCGCGUUCGGUGUCCCGGUCGUCGCCUCGUCCACCUGCGGCCUGCGAGGCCCGCAGCGUGUCUGCUCGCCGACCCCGGCCGGCGGUCCCCGCCCGCAGUGUCACCAGUGUGACGCGGGAAGCGCCCGACGCCGCUACCCGGCCGCUGCCCUGACCGACGUCAGCAAUCCGGCCAACGUGACCUGCUGGCGGUCGGAGCCGCUCCGAUCACCCACGUCCAUCAACGAUCCGCCUGACAAUGUCACCCUCACGCUGUCGCUCGGCAAAGCGUUCGAGCUGACGUACGUCAGCCUCACGUUCUGCCCGGGAGCUCCCGCGCCCGACUCGAUCGCCAUCUACAAGAGCGCCGACAGGGGGCGCUCCUGGCAGCCGUUCCAAUUCUUCAGCUCCCAGUGCCGCCGGGUGUACGGACGUCCGAACCGAGCCACCAUCACGCGGGCGAACGAGCAGGAGGCGCGCUGCACCGACGCCCAUCGCCACACGGCUGAGGAAGUGGCUGGCGGAGCGGAGUCCCCCAAGUCCCGGAAGACUCCACUCGGGACUGCAGGGAGCGGACUGCGGAUCGCCUUCAGCACCCUGAACGGACGCCCGUCCGCACCCGACUUCGACUCGUCGCCCGUCCUGCAGGACUGGGUGACGGCCACGGACGUGCGGGUUGUCUUCCACCGCCACCGGAUGCCACCGCCGGGCCUGGAACUGGAUCUGCUGGAGGAGGAAGCUCCCUGGUACCUGUUGCACGGCUCCCCCCAGGUCCCAACAUCGUUCCGUAGCCGAGUGCCCCGCGAUAUCGAGUGGACGAUUCCGGAACUAGUGGCGACCUCAACGGCCGCUACUGCUACUACGUCACCGAGCCGCCGAGGUUCUGGGCGACCGCACUCCCAGUACCACCACUACGCCGUAGCCGACUUCGCCGUCGGGGGGCGCUGCAAGUGCAACGGACAUGCGGCCCGCUGCGUCAAGGGCACCCCGACCAGCGACGGGAACGGUCAGCUGGAGUGCGACUGCAAGCACAACACGGCCGGCCGUGACUGCGAGCGCUGCAAGCCGUUCCACUUCGAUCGCCCGUGGGCUCGUGCCAACGCCCGGGACGCCAACGAGUGUAAAGUUUGCAGCUGCAACGGUCACGCCCGCCGCUGCCGCUUCAACAUGGAACUGUACAAGAUGUCUGGCCGAAUCUCGGGCGGCGUGUGUCUGGGCUGUCGGCAUGCGACCAGCGGGCGCCACUGUCAUAACUGCCGCGAGGGUUUCUACCGGGACGCCGCCAAACCCGUCACGCACCGGAAGGUUUGCAAAGCUUGCGACUGCCACCCGAUCGGAUCGUCCGGAAAGACGUGCAACCACACCAGCGGCCAGUGCCCGUGCAAGGAUGGCGUAAGCGGGCUAACGUGCAACCGCUGCGCCCGAGGCUACCAGCAGAGCCGGUCUCACAUUGCCCCCUGCAUUAAAAUCCCGCGCGUCAUCGGCAUGGUCCACCCGCAAAAUACGGCGCCCGACAGAGCACCCCAUCACCAUCAGCAGCAGCAGCAGCAGUACUAUCAGGUGUCGGCACCAGGGAGUGACAACCACGAGGAAGCAGGGACCGACCAGGGCGCAUCGUCGUACCGCACGGACGCCAGGCGCGAAUGCGGAAAGUGUCGAAUCGGCACCAAGCGACUAAAUCUGAACAAGUUCUGCAAAAGAGAUUACGUAAUCAUGGUCACGGUGAUUGGACGGGACAUGAAAAACGGCAACGAAAACCCGAGGCUAACCAGUGGCGCAGGGAUCCGCGGGAACAGCAGCAGCAGCAGCAUCGACCGGUACCAACAGCGAGGACGCACAGCGCGACCCGAAAAUCAUCCCGGCGCCGUGGUCAGGUACAACCUAAGCGUGCAAAAGGUCUACAAGGGAAGCCGCAGUCAGUCCGCCGGCAGCCCGCUGGCCAAGGUGUCGAAGUGGUCGCUGAUCCCGUUCGUCGUCAGCGCCCACGCGGUCGAGUGUCGCUGCCCGAAGCUCAAGCUCAAUAAAUCCUACUUAAUCUUGGGCCGCAACUCGGACUGGCCACCGGGAGCGCUGGGUGUCGGUCCACGCACCAUUGUCAUCGAGUGGCGCGCGGAGUGGAACCGGCGGCUGAGGAAGUUCCAAAGACAGGCCAUGCGAACCUGUGAUCGUUCACAGCUGGUGUAG